AUGAAUUCUAUUCCAACAGAGUUACAGUUUCAUACAUGGAUAUUCACAUCUUUUGAAAGCUCUCUUGGGGACUCUGGUGUGCAACUGGAUCUGAGAGCCAUUGUCCUCACAUCAGUUGACAUAGAUUAUGCUCUGCUGCAGAAAGAAAGAACCCUCAAAUUUCAGUGGCUUAAAAUUAAACAUGUUCAUUUCUCCUUACAUAUGUUACAUAGGCAGGGCUACAGGGCUACUUUGCUCAUUAGGAUCAUGCUAAUGGAGCAACUUCCACAGCCCCUGUUAAUGAUCACUAUCCAAAAAGAAAGGAAAAGCGCUCUGGAGGCUCUCACUCCAGGGAUUAAAUUCUCCUCUGGUCCAAAAGUGACACAAAUCAGUUCUAGUCAUAAUGCCUCGGUCUGA